GAAGCGGAGAGGGAUGCCAACCGUCUGGAAGCUUCGGACGGCACGACCUCGGAGGAGGAUGGCAACCCGCUCGUGCAGGAUCGCCUGGUGGACUACGUCGACGAGUGCAAGCUGAACACCGACAAAGUGCAGGACUUCGACGUGGCCAUUGUCUCCUUCAUGACCCACAUGUACAUGCUGGGCUACGACGCGGGCAUCGGCCAGAAGUUGAUCGCAACCGUGGUGUUCUUUCAACCUCGUUUCGGCAAGCUAGGCGACCUUUCUCUUCCGCGAACCUGGCGGGCUGCCAGGGGCUGGGCCAAAUUGGACCCGCCACGCAGUCGGCAGCCCCUGACCCUGCCGACGGUUGCAGGGUUGGCCGCGUUGCUGGCCUACGAAGGUCACCUGUACAUGGCCAUCUGGACGAUCAUCGCUUUCUGCACCUACCUGCGUCCAGGCUCUAUGAUGCAGCUCACCAGGGGCUCGCUGGUCCCACCUACCGUGAAGGUCGACACCAUGUGGCGUGUGCUGGCGCACAGGUCAGACCUCCACCAGGUCUCGAAGGUGGGAACUCAGGACGACACCAUCUUGUGGGACACUCAGGGUUUUGAAUGGAUGGGCAAAGUUCUUCAGAUUCUAGCCGUCGGAAAGCGUAAUGAGUGCUUGUGGCAUUUUACCUAUCCAGAGUUAGUACGUGAAAUUCGUAAGCAAGGCAUGAUGAUGAAAGACUACGCCCUGCUUCCCCUGGCGCUGCGCUGCUGGCUCGAGGAGCAGGUACACGCGCUCAAG